AUGGAUUCUGAUCAAGGAAAGCUUUUUAUUGGAGGGAUAUCAUGGGAGACAGAUGAGGAAAAGCUCAAGGAGUAUUUUCAAGGGUAUGGUGAGGUUUUGCAGACUGUGGUGAUGAGAGAUAAGAUCUCAGGAAAACCUAGAGGAUUUGGGUUUGUUGUAUUUUCAGAUCCGAACAUUUUGGAUAGGGUUCUUCAAGAGAGACAUGUUAUUGAUGGCCGCCCGGUCGAGGCUAAAAGAGCCUUAUCAAGAGAGGAACAACAAGUUUCAAAAGGUGGAAACUCUAAUACUUCUAGAAACUUUGGAGGUGUUGGGAAUACUAGGACCAAGAAGAUAUUUGUUGGGGGAUUGCCACCAAUUCUUUCUGAAGAUGGAUUCCGUCAUUAUUUUGAAGCUUAUGGCACUGUAACUGAUGUAGUAAUAAUGUAUGAUCAGCAGACAAACCGACCUCGUGGAUUUGGGUUUAUUUCAUUUGAUUCUGAGGACGCAGUAGAUAGGGUUUUACACAAGACUUUUCACGAUCUAAAUGGUAAGCAAGUGGAAGUGAAGCGUGCUCUUCCAAAAGAUGCCAAUCCUGGUGGGAGUGGCCGUUCUAUGGGUGGUGGGACAGGUGGAGGCACUGUUGGAGGUUAUCAGGGGUAUGGUUCUUCUGUUGUAGAUAGUCCACAAGUAAUUUAUGGCAUUCUUAAUUGCAUUUCAAAGCUUCCUAGGACUCAUCUAACUGUACCUCGUGCUAUUAGUUGGGCUAUUUGUGACAUCUUGGAGUGGAUAGACAUUGGUUCUAAACUGGAUCAACUUGAUGCUGUAUAG